AUGAAGAUCGCCAUCCAAGGCUGUAGUCACGGCGAAUUAGACUCGAUCUACGCUUCUCUCCUUCGCAUCGAACGAGAACAAUCCAUCCAAAUCGACGCUCUUCUCCUCUGCGGUGACUUCCAAGCCAUCCGCAAUCACUCCGAUCUCCACGCUAUCGCCCGCCCCGCCAAAUAUCGUCAACUCGGAACCUUUCACCCUUACUAUUCCGGCCAAAAGCUCGCCCCCAUCCUAACCCUCGUCAUCGGCGGAAAUCAUGAAGCGAGCAACUACAUGCAUGAGCUCUUUCACGGUGGUUGGCUCGCUCCGAAUAUCUACUUCCUCGGUGCGGCCGGAGUGGUGGAACUCAACGGGCUGCUGAUAGGUGGGAUAUCAGGGAUAUGGAAACGACCAGAUUAUAAAAAGGGAAGGUAUGAAAGCUUGCCGUAUGAUGCAGGAUCGCUUAGGAGUGCGUACCAUACGAGAGAGUUUGAUGUUGUGCGGUUGAUGGCGAUGGGGCCAGAUGGAGAGCGGAAGGGGCUGGAUAUGAUGCUCUCUCAUGAUUGGCCGAACACGAUUGAGCAAUGGGGCGACAAGGAAUGGUUGGUCAAGAAGAAGCCGUUUUUUAAGGAAGAGGUGGAGAAGGAGACGUUGGGUUCACCACCGCUGAUGGACUUGUUGAAGGAGUUGAAGCCAAAGUUUUGGUUUAGUGCUCAUUUGCAUGUGAAGUUUCCUGCUAUCUACAACCACGAUCAAGUGGCAUCUGGCUCUGUAUCGAAUGGAGCAAAGGCAGCAGCAACGGAAAGAAAUCCAGAAGCAAUCGACAUUGAUCUCGACUCCGACAACGACGACAACACCGCCACCGCAGAAAAGGCUGCUGCUGCUGCAACUUCAUCCAUCACUGCAAACGACACUGCUGCCGCAUCCGCCCAGAACGGUACUGAUGGUGGGAGAACAACUCGCUUCCUCGCCCUCCACAAAUGUCUACCCCUAACACCUUUCCUCCAAAUCCUCGACCUCCCUUCACCUUACGAUCUUCACCUUGAAACCUGCAAAACCGCCGCAAACCACACGCAACGCAUCUUCCCCACUCUCCGCUACAACAAACGCUGGCUAGCCAUCACUCGUGCCUACCAUCCCCAUUUUUCUCUUCAAUAUCGUCAACCUCCCCUUCCCUCCGCCUCCUCACCCGAUUUCCUGGCUCAAAUAGAGGCUGAGGAACGAUGGAUAGAUCAAAACAUCCUCUCACCUACUCGAAACAGUGGCAAGAGGAAACAGAAUGAAUUUGAGGGUUCACACGAUAGCGAGCUCUCACACUACCAUGGGGAGGAGGAAGAAGAGGGCUUAGAAGGCGUCUUGGACAUUACAAGAGUGCAAAGAUUUAUUCGAACAGCACCGGCACCAUUCGAACCUGGAGGAUUGGACCAGGGGCAGCCGAGGUGGUAUACUAACCCUCAAACCGAAGCUUUUUGUCGAUUGGUUGGGAUCGAGAAUAAGAUCAAUCCUCGACCACACGGUUUGGAGCAAUCUGUGCAGCCGUCUUUUCAGCAACAGCGACAACAGAUGGGGUUGGCGGGUGUGUGCCCUCAUCCCCACCACACACAGACUGGGGGAGAAGCAGAGGUGGAAAGCGAAACAGCAGAUCCCAACGCUCUAGCUAUUUCCAUGGACGAUCUCGACACCGACUCGGAAGAGGCAAUACAAGGCCAAGUUAGAGAAGCACUUCUCACGCUUUCAGACGACGACGAACGCGAUGCGCGUUGGAAGGAAGGUACUGGCUGA